AUGACUGGAUCACAAUUACCAAACGAUAAAGGUAUUGAUCAACCUGCUAAGGGGAUAUUGAAGUCGGAUAAAGGGAAUAAUGGCGGAGAGUUGACUUCUGAUGGUGUUGUUACUGGGAGCAUUAAUUUACCAUUGUUUCCUUUGACUAAGAGUGAUGUCUUGGAAGGGAAUAACACAACUUCAAGAAUAAAUACUAUAAAUUUACAAAACAAGAUUAAUCGUAGGGUAUCAUUUGCUCCAGAUGUUACUUUGCACAGUUUUGAUUUUGUUCCUGAACAGAAUAGAAAACAACGUGAGCCUCGUAGGAAAGUUGUCAGUGAACCUGUGAAUGAACCUAUUGGAAAUGACGAUGGUAAUAGUAGGGAUGAAGCUUUAGUGACGUCUACUCAAAGGGAGGAUAAAGUAACUGAGGGCGAGAUAAUAAAUGGAGAGCAGAAAAAGAAUGAUGAUAUUGAGGACAUUUUGAAUGAAGAUCUUGAGGACGAUUCCAUGGAUAUUACUCAACUAUUUAAUAAACAUGGUUCAAAACAAACAGACGAUCAAUUUAAUGAACCCAAUGAACUCAGUAAACUCAAUGAAACUAUGGAAUUGACAAAAAUAAUUGUACCGCUGAAAAGUAAUACCGAUGAGCAAAAUGAAACUAUGGAGAUGACAGAAAUUCAAGUCCCACAGAUUGUUGACAGCUCUCAACCUAUGGACGUCACUGAAAUUUAUCAAAAAACUCAAAGUAUGGAUAUGUUAGAAAAUAACGAUGGUGAGACUUUAGAGUUCACAGAAAUUAAAGUGCCAAAGCUCACUAUUAAAAAUGAUAAAGAUGGAAGGAUCAAGCCUAAGAGAAGGAAGUUGAGUGUCGAUGGAUCAUAUAAAGCGUCUAAUGAAGAAUUACCAGAAAAUACCGUAGAACCUGAAGAUCAGGAAAAUUUUGGAUUAGAAAUUUCCGAUGAUGAGAUGGAAUUGACUCAGAUGGAAAGAAUGUCUCCUAUAAAACUUCGUAAUUUAACAGGGACAUCCACCCAAACUAAUACUGAAAGUGAUAAGGAAAAGGAUAAAACCAAUGACAAAGAACUUGUUAUAUCUCAAAAGACCUCUCCUUUUGUUGAAGGUACCAAUGACAAAGAAUUUCAGAGUUACUCAAUCAAAGAAUUCUUAAAAGAAAUAAACAUAUCCUUUAAGAUUGAUAAUGAAGUAGGAAAUAGUGAUGAAAGUACUUUGAAUUUUACAUUGAUAGAUCCUGCACAAAUUACUGGGAUUAGGAUAAACCAAUUGUAUAACACUUACUAUGUGGACAUACCAAUUCUUGAAAUGAAUACAUUUAUAUCAAAAGAAUUAUUAAGAAGGAUCAGUCAAUCGAAAGUAUUAUUUGAAGAUUUGGAAGAGCGUGUAAUAAAAGAAUCGCCACCUUUAUUGUUUCGUGAAUACUUUUCAUCUGAGGCAGAGAUCAAAAAUAUUGCAAAGUCUCAAUUACAACUAGUUAAAAAAUAUUCUUCACUGGAAGCUAAAAAGGCAUGGUACGAAUGGAGAAUACAGCAUUUGGUAGGUAUUAAGAAUGUAUUAAUAGAAAAUUUAAGUAUAUUAAAAGAAGAGUUCGAAAAAGUUAAUACGGACUUAGAGAAUAUCCAGGAAAUCAAAAAUAAAGUAGAAUCAUUGAAAGAUAGAAUAAGACAAGAAAUCAAACUAAUAAGAGAAUUACCUCCAGAUUACUACCAGAAUCAUCCAAAUCUGAAGGAUAAACUUAGAUUGGAACAAUUAAAACAGGAGCUGGUCUCUCAUUCAGUCAAAAUAGGGCAGAUAAAAGAAUUACAAAAUAAAAGGAAUGAUGUUUUAACUAAGAUUAGUAAAACUAAAGAAAGCCUAUCUCAAACGAAACUAGAAUUAGAAAACUCAAAUAGGGCUCAAAGACUGGACUCACAUUUUUCAGAAUUCGAAUUGAAUAGGUUAAAAAAUAGAUUUUCUAUGUUUCAGACACUUUCCGGAAUUGAAUUUGUCAGUUUAAAGAAAUCCACAUUAAUAGUAAAGUCUCCUAUUGAGGAGUUCCCAGAAAUAGUAAUAGAUCUUUCAAAGAUUGGAAAGACAAAAGAUAUUAGGAAAGCGGUUAAGUUGACUUCUAGCAAUGAAAAUGAAUUUUAUCAUUAUUUCUUUACUCUACUACUUGCUAAUGUUACUGUAAGAAAUGGGGAUAACUUCUUACAUACACUUUCAGAACUAAUUAAAGAAUUGAAUUCAUCAAGAUUAUUAUUAGCACAAUACAAGUCAUUGGAAAUGUUAUUUCCAGUUUCAUUCGUUCAAUCCAAUGAUAAGCUUAAAACUACAGCGAUCGAGAUUACUGACUAUGACAUUAGAACGAACUCAAAAGUAAAAUUUUACUUAUCAGUAAAAGACUUUAUAAACCUGGGUUUGUAUAACUUUGGAAAACUUUUUAUAUCUGUUAAGAUUUUGAGAGGUGAAAGCAUUUCAAAGGAUGACCUUUUCAUGAGAAUUACGAAAAAGAUUAAUAAGCUAAUACCCUGGAUUAACGAGAACUCAAUAAAUAUUGUGAUAUCGUAA